AUGAUUACGUCACUUUCGGGUCCGCAUUUGUCGAAGCUAGUCGGCCUGUGGGACGAGCGCCACUUCACCGGCAUAUCUUCAUCUCAUUUCUGCCCUCGCUCCUCCGUCUGGACCGGUGGGUUUCCCAUCUCUCCUUCAACUGAAAAGGCCUUUCUGGUCCAGAGGCUGCCCUUCGUAUGUGGCCACCACGGUUUACACCAAAGGCUCCAGCUUCUCGGACCUGUGGCGUCAUGGUCAGCUGUUCACCUCGAGUACAGCCCCGUGCGACGUGUGUCAGCACAGAGGCCGGUGUUACGGUACGACGAGGAACGGAAUGAACGGGUCUGGCAG